AUGCGCAACCUCGUCGCAACGGCCCUGGGGGUGGCGGUCUCUCUCUUCCACAUCCAGGCCGCCCAUGCCUUCUACAUUCCGGGCUUCUCGAUAAAGAGUUACACCGAAGGCGAGCAGCUCCCCGUUCUAGUCAACAAAGUAUACUCGGACAACACGCAGCUCCAGUUCGGCUACUAUGACCUCCCCUUCGUAUGUCCCCCGACCGGCGAACAACACUCGGGAAUCCUUAGCGGCAAGAAUGUCCCCCUCAAUCUCGGCGAAGUCCUCCGCGGCGACCGCAUCAAGACGUCCGAUAUCGAUCUCAAGAUGGGCCAAGACAUGGAAUGCGCAAUGCUCUGCACCCGCGACCUGACCCGUUCCGAUGUCGAGCGCGCCAAGGAUCUAGUCGAGGAGGGAUACGUGGUCGAGUGGAUCGUCGACAACCUGCCCGGCGCCACCAGCUUUGUGACGACGGACAAGUCGAAAAAGUACUACGCCGCCGGCUUCAAGCUGGGCUCCGUCGACUUCACUUCGGCCGGCGAGCAAAGGACCCUGCUCAAUAACCACCACACCAUCGUCGUUGUCGGCUUCGAGGUGUACCCCAAGAGCAUCGGCGUGGACACCCCAAUGAACGACGCCGGCUGCCCCUUUGACAUGCAACACAUCACUCAUAACCUCGAACUCAAGGUCCCGCCCAAGGGCGAGGAUUACAACGACGAGGAUGCCGCACGUCCCAUCACGUCGGUACGGUACACUUAUUCCGUCUACUUCCGCGAAGACGAGUCCAUCGAGUGGAGCCGACGAUGGGACCUCUACUUUGUCAACCAAGAGGACGGCAAUAGGAUUCACUGGCUGGCCAUCAUCAACUCCUUAACCAUCUGCGGCCUUUUGACCGGCAUCGUCGCCAUCAUUUUCGCCAAGACCAUCCGCGCCGACAUCAAGGGCUACAAAGAUCUCAAGUCGGAAGAGGCCAUGAUCAAGCUGAAGCGCAACAAGACCGCGUCUCCUGGCCUAGCCUCGGUGGAAAAGCCCGGGGGCGCGGGCCUUCUCAGCGCCACGGGCGAGGCAGGUCAGAUUGAUGGCGGCGCUGAUUACGACGACAAUGACGAUGAUGACGACGGUGACGAGGCGUUCGAGGAUGCUAGCGGGUGGAAGCUGCUGCAUUCCGACGUUUUCAGGACCCCCGCCUAUGGAUACCUGCUCGCCGCUUUGGUCGGGUCGGGUGUGCAGCUGCUCCUUAUGGCCCUAGGGCUGGUUCUUCUGAGCGCGUUUGGCGUGCUGAACCCUAGUUUCCGCGGCGGCUUCAUCAGCGUUGGCAUGGGCCUCUUCGUCUUCAAUGGCCUGUUCAGCGGUUACUUCUCCGCGAGGGUGUUCAAGACUCUCGACGGCCAGAGCUGGCGCCGCAACGCCCUUGUUACCGCCCUCUUCGUCCCGGGUCUGCUGUUUGGCAUCGUUUUCCUCCUUAAUCUGUUUGUGUGGGCCGAGGCCUCGAGCACGGCGAUCCCCUUUAGCACCCUGCUCGCUCUCGUUGUCCUAUGGCUCUGUAUCCAGGUGCCUCUGGUGUACGCGGGCUCGUGGUACGGCUUCAACAACUCGGCCGGGUGGGAGCACCCUACCAAAGCGACGUCGAUCCCCCGACAAGUGCCCUCGCAGACGUGGUACCUCCGACCCAUCCAAAUGAUCUUGUUCGCAGGCCUCAUCCCCUUUGCCAUCAUCUUCAUCGAGCUCCUCUUCGUCUUCCGGUCAGUGUGGCAGGACAAGAGCGGGUACUACUACGUCUUUGGGUUCCUGGCCGUCGUCUCGCUCAUCCUCCUCGUAGCGGUGGCCGAGGUCACCAUAAUGACCGUCUUCAUGCAGCUCUGCGCCGAGAACCACGAUUGGUGGUGGCGAUCCUUCCUUCUCAACAUCACGGGCUUCGUCAGUAGCAUGCUCUUCUUCGGCUACAGUCUCAUGGCCUGCUGCAUUUACGGCUUGCUGACGGGCACCGUGGGGUUCCUAAGCGCGUAUGCUUUCAUUCGGAGGAUAUACGGUGCUAUUAAAGUGGACUAG